GCAUACCCCGACGGUGCUACAUCGCUACAAACCUAACGUUUAGCAGUAGAAAAAUUAAUAGAAAUCGGUUAGAAAAAGUUUAAUUUAAUUCUGAUUAAUUUACGAUUGGUGGGGCAUGGGUAAGAUCAAGUGACUUUCCGUCUUCGUUCCCCGGGAAAUAAAAGGAUUCCCUGUGGGUCUCACGUCUUGUCUGUUUACAUACGGGGCUGGACUACUAGGUACGUCCCGUACGGCCUUCUGUGUUUCAUCUUCGAUGAAACCUUCAGUUUUACGAGGAAAAUGGAAAACUCAGGCCAUUUCAUGAGUUCAAAAUGGUUCAAUACGAAGUUAUUUACCAUAAACGGAGCGCCACUGAAAUUUUAUUUGGAUGGAUAUAGUGUGAGUGAGUUCUACGAGAUCGUUAAAAUAAUCAAAGCAUACGGAGGGGAAUUAUCGAAGCCUGGAGCCCCAGAUACCUUCGUUUUUUGCGACCCGGAUCGUCUAGUCGGAGCGGGAAAAUACGAUAACUACGAUAUUAACUUCUUUUACGACAGCAUAGCUGCCCUCCAGCCCCAGGAGUUGAUAAACUACAAGCUCCAGGUGUUCCAAAAACAAGGGACUACGAGCGUCACGAAUCGCGAUAGACCAACCCAUUCAGAAAACGAAGAAGAAAACUACAACGAUUCUGAAGAGUCAAUGGAUUUCAUGCUUCGCAUCUCCACAGAUGAAGAGACAGAUUUCGUGGACGACGACAAAUCCCUGCAGUUGAACAGCGAUGGAGACCACCACGAUAAACCUCAAGAAUCACUCGACAACACACUGGAUGAAGGGCCCGUAAACCACAGAACUGAUGAAGGAAUGACAAAGUCAAAAGUUAAAGAAGAGAAAAUUCGCAGGAACUCGUGUCCUUCAGGACCUGAAGUUCGGAAUAAGCUAUCGGCCAAACGAAGAUCAUACGCAACAGUAGAAGCAGCUGUUUCUCCUCGUAAAACUAGAAGUUCUUUGAAAAAUGAUGGUCUCAAGGAGAACGGAGUGGCUCAAAACACGAAUCCCCGAAUUAAUGACCAGAAUAACAACAAUUCUGAUGAAGUUAAUAGGAGCAGUUGCCAAAAUCGUUCGGAGGACGAAGGGGAUUCUGAUGGCUCAGAAGUCUCACAAACACCUGAGGACAGUGAUCCUCCACGAGGUGAAUCGAAUGAAGGAAUUUCACUGAGGGCUCGUCGUUCUUCGACAGUGGGGGAUAAAAGGAUAGGGCGACGAUCAAUAGUCACUUUUACGGAAGAGGAGAAUGAAGCCAUAAUACAAUGGCUGGUGGAUAGAAAUGUCAUUCCCACAGAUACUGGAAAGAAACUCUGGCUGGAGCUUAUCGAUGAAAAGGUUCUACCAAAUCGUCAGCUUACACCCUCGAUCCUCCUAGGGCAUUUCAAGAGAGAAUUGAAGGAGCAUCCGACCUUCAAAAAAUACAGCAAUAAUUCACCAAGCGGGGGACGCAUUGCCCCUCAACACAUGUCGAAUCGAUAUACUGAAGAGGAAAAUCGAGUUCUUAUUCAAUAUCUCAUCGAUAACGAUUCAGUUCAUCGAGCAAAAGGUUUCAGUAUUUGGAGGGAAUGUUUGAAGGAUUGCAAGCACUUGCUCAACCCGAUGAGAACAGUCAACAGCCUGUGCACUCACUUCAAACAGAAGCUCCGUUACAAUUAUGCCAAGUACACCGAUGACCCUGAGGCACUGGAGAUUUUCAAAAAGAUAGAACCAAAAAGCAGGGAGUGAAAAAGAUGCGAAACAUUGAAAAGGCCAUUAAAAUAAUCUCACGAUGCUGGUUUUUCUCGUAUGAAGAAGAAUCUCAUCAUUAUUCUUUCUCUGAAAUAAAUUUAUGAUUUUACAGAACUAUAAUUACAGAUCUAUAAUUAAUUCAAGAUAAUAAUUCUUAUGCAGUCACAAAAUUCAACCAAAGGGUCGUUGUGUAUUAAAACUUUAUAAGAAAAACCACUUACAGUGGACUUCCCCUGGCUCAUAGCGUUCGGGGAUCUGAUUCCAAGAACUCGAGCUAGGGAAUUACCACCUCCACAUGCGCAGGGACGUGCUUACGCGAGAGAGACAACGUCAUUAUCUGAGAGAGAACGCUGUAACAUACCAGCCGACGACACACAACGCUUCCCCUCUCGUGCAUGAAGUCACUAGUGCGGUGGGGGACACAUUCCCCGCCGCUAGGACACGCCCCCCGAGCUACGGAUAGUAAGAGCUAAGGGAAGUCCACUGUAUAUGGCGAAA